AUGGUCUCGUUUCAACCUACCUUCAAGCUGAUGCUUGUCAGCUUGAAUCUGGUCGUGCUCUUCGGUCUUCAGUCCACGCCCGUGCUCGCUGAUGGCUUGCAUGGCGCUCCCGCUGACCAUGCCGUCCGACGUCAUGCAGCUCGAGCUGGUCGUUUAUCCAAACGCUUCCCAUCCGUUUCGGGCUCUGAUGCCAAGGGCCCAUCCAUCAACAGGCGCGCGCGACACCGCCACCACGACGACGGCAUGUAUGGCCUGACGCCAUCCGAGAUCGACGAGCUCCUCGCCGAACAAGAGAUCGAGGACAGUGGCAUCUUCACGCCCACGUCCAACUCCACCGACACCACCUCUUCCCACACUCACACCAGAACACGCAAGGCCUCGGCAACCCGCACCACCUCCUCCGCUUCUUCGUCUUCCACAUCGUCCAUCGAAUCAAGCUCGAGCUCUCAUUCGCACAGGUCAUCGUCGUCGGAGUCUUUACCUACUGCAUCGUCUUUGGAUUUGGUGUCCACAGCUCUUCCUGACAGCCAUCCUCAAUCCACCUACACUCACACCAGCUACAGCAGCGCCCACCCCUCCAGCCUCAGCGGCAACAGCAACGGUGUUGACGGCCUGCUCAGCAGUCUUCUGAGCCCAGCCAGCACCUCGUCGUCGUUCGCCUCGCAUCAGACGGUAAACACCGACGGCAUCUUCCCUUCGGCAACGUUUUCAUCGAGCAAGCCAACUGCCACUGGCUUGUCGUCGCUCUUGAAUGGUCCUUUCAGUUCGAUCGAUGACCAGAACAGCAACACCGACGACUCGCCGUCAACGAGCAAGCACAGUCAGACUUCACAGCCCGACUUCUAUAGUUUUACACCGCAUGCCACUCGAUCCUCAACAUCCUCGAUGGCCACAUUUACGAGCCUCUUCUUCCAGAGCCAAGGACUUGCCUCCUCGUUCUCGACAGCGAGCCCGUCUCCGACCAGCUCUCCGUCGUUGGGCUCUAACUCUGGCAUCAAUUCAAGCAUCGAUGACAGUCCAAGCUCGAGCUCUAAGGCAUUGACGCCCGCCAACACUGCGGCCAGCAACAGUGGCAGCGACAAUGGCUCCGCUACUUCGCUGUCGUCCAAGACCACCGAUGUUGCCUCCACGAUCGAUGACGGCACCGCCUCAUCCAGUGCGACGUCCGGGCUGGCCAAUACGGUUACGGCAGGCCCCACUCCGACUGCGAUCACCUCCGGCCUCAUUCCAACUGCUACCGCCAGCACUGGAAUCGACACGGACAGCGGAUCGAGUUCUGGUUCGAGCAGCGUUCAGCAGUCCUCGUCAAACACUGCCACUGGCCCAGCUUCAGCGUCGUCAUCUUCGUCGCCUUUUUCACCUUCGUCUUCAUCAUCUUCGGGUUCUCUUUCGGACAGCUCGGACUCCGGCUCUUCCACUUCGUCGUCGGUUGUCACCACCAACCCAUACUGGUACGCCAACACACGAUCGCUCAACAUGGCGCCCAGCAGCACUUGGUCUGCAAAUCAAGCUGCUCAGACCGACUCGCAGAGCACGAGCGACGGUGGCGAUGGCAGUACCGGAUCGAGCACCUCAACGUCAGCCGGCGUGAGCAGCGGCCCAGCUGCUCAGGACCUGCCCACCACUAUUGUGCCCUCGGCCGACUCGUUUGAGCAGCCUGCGGAUACGACCCCGAUUGGGCUCUUGUUCAAGCAGGAUAUGAAGUGGACUUGGGUCAUCUCGCAGGCUGAUCUGACGGCUCAGAUCUUUGCGUUCAUGCCAGAUUUGGUGGGUCAGUCGGCGGGCCUGGAAUCGUCCAAGGUGUCGACGGUCAAGCUGUCGAGUUACUCGCCGGAAGCACGUGACACUGCAAACACCAGCACGCUGAGUACGGCCAGGACGUUGUACAUGGCGUACGUGCCCACUUCGAGCGUCGAGGCGAUCCAAGCCAUGGUCGCAAACACAUCUUCGCCCUUCUACACGUCGGCCGCUGCGGGAGCCCCGCAGCAGCUGGCGAGCCAGGUAGAUCCGACGUUCAACAUCCUGAGUGUUGCCGGCAAGGUGGCGUCUGGAUCUAAGCAGAGCGCCACGUCGGGCAGUGGAGGUGCGAAGGACGACUCGACGCUGCGCAACAGCUUGAUUGGCGUGGGCUGUGGUCUGGCGGGCUGCUUUGCUCUUGUGGCCGGCGGUCUGUUUUGGCGAAAGCAGCGCCAGGGCGAGGUUGACACCGAUGGGAAAGGCGAUAACGGUGUUUCGCGCGCACACACCAUUCGCUCGUUCCACGGUGGCUUGCGCGAGACGUGGGCUCCGGAUGCACUUGACCAGCACCGAGCCCUCAAUACGGCAGGCGAGAUGCAGCAAGUGUGGUCGCCUCACGAUGGUGGAUUAUCCAUGGGACAUCCAAGUCAGCAGCAGCCAGCGAUGUAUCCUCACGCCGAUGGAUAUGGAGGCUAUGUGCCUUCGGAUCCGUUCCAGGAUGCUGCUGCUGCGGGCAGUGCGGGUGUGGCUGGUGGCUACGUCAACAUGAACCGAUCGAGCCGGAUGACGGAGCGCUCCAACUACUCGGACUUGAGCCAGAUGACGGAAGCGCAGCGUAUCCAGUUUGACUACGAAUCAUCGCGUCGCUCGUUCCAGUCGACGUCGGAUCAUUCGGGAUCGCACGGCUCGCACAGCGAUCAGAGUGCCGAGUCGGCGGGAAUGCUCUCGACGUACCAGGAAGACUACCGUGUGCCUCGCCAGCAUACGAGCAUCCACGCGUUUGGCUCUCAGUCCCAAAACAGCCGCUCGCGCCGUCGUGGCAGCGUGGCCAGCUCUAUCAUUGGUCGCCCAGAGAUGAUGAGCAACUCGGUGCUUCUUUAG